AUGACGACGAAGAGACGGAAUCACGGACGUAACAAAAAAGGUCGUGGGCAUGUAAGACCCAUUCGCUGCACAAAUUGUGGUCGCUGCGCACCUAAGGAUAAGGCUAUCAAGAAAUUCGUUGUUCGCAAUAUUGUGGAAGCAGCUGCUGUCCGAGAUAUUUCUGAUGCAUCUGCCUAUGAUUCAUAUGCAUUGCCAAAAUUAUACCAUAAGCUGCAUUACUGUGUGUCCUGCGCAAUUCACAGUAAAGUAGUGCGCAAUCGUUCGCGUGAAGCACGCAAGGACCGUAACCCACCGCCACGUUUUGGGCAACGUGGCGGUAUGGUAGGAGAUCGUUUUCCGCGACCAGGUGCUCCAAAUCGACAGUGA